UUUUGUCAAAUCAGUCUCCCUCACUUCCAACUUACGAGUCCUACCUAGUAAAAACUAGUUGCAUGUCCAUUAUUCGGAUCUGACUUGCUUUUGAGCUCUGUCACUCUCUCUAUGCAUCCACAUCUCUGUGUCCGAAUCUUUGCCAGAGAACUUCACUCAAAACCACAAACCUGGUGUAUGAAGAACUAGGAGUUGCAAAUUUUAGUUAGAUCCGAUUAUAGGGACAGUAUGGAUUUGCAUUUGAAGGACUUGUUUGAUAGAUUCCAGGAGCAAUUUGGGUCUGGUCCUGGGCUUGGUCCUGGAUCCGGGACAUGUCUUAUGAAGGUAGAGGGUGUUGCUCCUAAUUUUAUUAAGUCGAUUUUUAAAGCUUCAGCAGCACUAUAUAGGACUGAUCCAUGGAGAAGGUUGCGACCAGGGCAUUUUUUUGGUAUCCGGGUUGGCAAAGAUUUGGAUUGGUCUGCCAAGAAACAGCUUUUCCCAUGUGUUCAAUUCAUUGGAGGUGAUGGGGGGGAUAUAGGGUUCAACAUGUUUCGAUCUGAAAAUGAUGCUAAGAAGAUGACAGGCUCAAGAGAGACUAUCCGGGUUCCAAAUGUUGAGCUUUUAAGAGUCACGUAUGAACGUGAGUCAUUGAUGUUUCCUUCAAAUAGGAAGAUGAUCAAGUCUUUGUCACUAGAAGCAUCAGGGACUGAUCGUUUUCCUGUUAUUGAUGUUGCUCGUUGCACAUCAUCAGGGGAUAUGCAGUUUAGGGACCCGAGUCUUGAAGAGCUUAGGUUUGUAUAUGCAUUCAUGAGAGCCAUCUCUCUGGUGCACCCGUUGCUUCAGGUUGAUAGAGAAGGUGGUCCAAAGUGGUCUAAGUUGAUGCACUUUGAACCAUUUAUUGAGACAGUUGAUGUUCAGUGGCCUCCAGAAUUUUCAAAGGGUUAUGACCUUGUUGCAGUUACAGUCUCACACCCACCUGGUCAGGUGUAUGAAGAAAAGGCUACUUCAACAGCUAGCUCUACCCCCACCAAAUAUGCAGAACCACCAAAGGAGGACGCUUUUGAUGAUGUGAAAGUAUGCUCAAAUGCUGGCUCGAGACAGUGUGCAAUGUGCGAUAAGGAAGUUCAUGGAGAACAGUCUCUUUGCUGUGGCCAGUGUCGUGCAAUGGUUUACUGCAGUCCUAUAUGCCAGAAGCAGCACUGGAAGGAAACUCAUAAAAGCAUGUGUGGUCUCUACAAGGUUAUGAUGGAAAAAGAAGAAGAGCUGGCAAUGAAAAUUUUCAUGUUCCCCUGUGCUGCUGACCAGCCUUGUAAAUGGCUUGAAUCAUUAGAUAUCCAUCAGAAAGGCAUGUGGAGAAGAAGGUGUAGUUGCUAUUCUCACUGCCCUUUUGGUCUCCUUCCUGUUAAAGGUGGGCUGUGGGAUUCGUGGGGUGGGCUUGAUGAUGAAGAUUACCCUCGUGAUUCUCCUUUUCACAAUCAUUUGAGAGAUGGCAUCUCAAGCCCGAUCCUUCUUUCUGGUUGGUUAGAGUACUAUAACCUUAGGUCACUGCCUUUGUCAAGCCCAGUCGCUGACAUUCUCUCUCACCCGUUGACAGUUUAUCACAUUUUAACAGCUCUGAGUAUCAGCUCAAAAAACCUUCUACUCAAGGGGAAGGAGGUAAUUCUUCACUACCUUGGGCCUGAGGGAGAGUUGGACUGGAUGCCAGCAUUUGCAGAGGUUGGUCAUUUACUCAAUGGAUUGGGCAACAUUCAAAUAGUAAUGGUGGGACCUGAAGUUCCAACAAAUUUGUCUGGGACAACUUCUGGAAUAGGUAGCAGAGUGAGGGUGAACCUUGUGAGGGGUGUUUAUCAGGAGGAAGCCACCUAUCUGCCUACUCCCCAUGUUGUUGUUGCGCUAAACUGUGGAUUGGAUAGUUAUGUGAGUUGGGUUGGAGCUCUUGAUUUAAUCAAAUCCAGGGGCACUCCUGCCUUCUUCACAGAUCAAAAUGAAAUUUCAUGUACAAAUGCCAAAAAGGUUCUUCGCAGUGCUGGACUGCAUAUCACACUUCCUGUGACACCAAAUCCCUUCCGCUCUCCUGUGAAAAAUCAAGGGACUUCUUGCAAUCUUCCUUCAUAUAGCAAUGGUUUUGUGCUUGGGGUGAAUACAUGAGCUGGGAGUUAUCAAAGGCCUUAGCAUAUUUCUGGUGUCGUGUUUAAUCCCUAAGGUGAUGGCAAUGAUUUGCGAGAUUGGGACUAGGUGGAAGGUAAUAAUUGGGAGUUAUAUUUUUAUACUUUUUUUUCCUCCCACAAUUGAGUUCUAGAUACAAUUUCUGCAGACAUGAGCUAUUUGUCAAUGCUUUCCUUGUGAAAAUUCUGUAUAACAUUGUAUCUUCAUUAUUUGUUGUCAAUCUAUUGUGAGCAGUUCAUAAGUCA